GCCGCACUCUGAUUAGCAGCAAGGCAAAGAGGAGUUUUCAGCCAGCCAGCGAGCGAGCGAGCGAGCUGCGGAGGUCUGCCUUUUAAUCACAGCCAAACCGCGACCACGCUCGGAUUAAAUAAAUAAAAAUAGAAAAAAAAAAUAACAAUGCUCGAGUUUUCUGCGCGGACUUGAAUUCCGAGGCUCUGGUGCGCGCCGCUGGAGAGAGAAGGAAAGAAAUUAAUUCAGUGGGAACGCAGAGGAAUUAAAUAGUCAUUUUACUUGAGUACCAAGUGUGCGUGUGUGGCUGAGCAGCGAAGCCCCGACAAGAGACGACAAACUUGAGUCCCGCUAGAAAUUGACUUCAGCUCCCGACCUGGAGUGGUAAUGUCUUGAAUUGGAGGCCCCUCCAGCCCAGUAAAGGACGCGCCAGUGCCGGGCUGCUGCUAAUGGGAACUCCUGCUCCGCCAUGAGCUCUCGUGAUGGCGUUGGAGGUGUCGGCGCCAUGGGCACCCUGGGCCGGCGGCAGCGCUUCGAGAACUCGGAGUUCACCGUGCGCAUCUACCCAGGCGCCCUGGCAGAGGGCACGAUCUACUGCCCCAUCAGUGCCCGCAAGACCACCACGGCCGCCGAAGCCAUCGAACGCGUCAUCGACCGGCUGCACCUGGACCGCACCAAGUGCUACGUUCUGGCUGAGGUGAAAGAGUUCGGAGGGGAGGAAUGGAUCCUCAACCCCACCGACUGUCCCGUGCAGAGGAUGAUGCUCUGGCCCCGCGUGGCGCUCGAGCACAGGCCGCUGUACGGAGCCGAGGAUUACCGCUUCCUCCUCAGGCAGAAGAACCUGGACGGCUCGAUCCACUACGGCGGCAGCCUCCAGAUGUGGCUGCAGGUCACGGAGGAGCGCCGGCGCAUGGUGGAGCGUGGACUGCUGCCGCAGCCCGAAUCUCAGGGUGACCACGCCGACCUGUGCUACCUGCCGGAGCUCAACGAGCGCUCGCUGCUGGAGAACCUGCGCUCGCGCUUCCGCCAGGAGAAGAUCUACACUUACGUGGGAAGCAUCCUCAUCGUCAUCAACCCCUUCAAGUUCCUGCCCAUCUACAACCCCAAGUAUGUGAAGCUGUAUGAUAAUCAUACACUGGGAGAUUUGGAGCCGCAUAUUUAUGCCGUGGCAGACGUGGCGUACCACGCCAUGCUCCAGAGACAGAAGAAUCAGUGCAUUGUCAUAUCUGGAGAGAGCGGCUCUGGGAAGACGCAGAGCACGAACUUUCUCAUUCAUCAUCUGACCGCUCUCAGUCAGAAGGGGUUUGCAAGUGGAGUGGAGCAGAUAAUCUUGGGGGCAGGGCCGGUGUUGGAGGCAUUUGGGAACGCAAAGACAGCACAUAAUAACAACUCCAGUCGCUUUGGCAAGUUCAUUCAGGUGAACUACCAGGAGAGCGGCACUGUGAGAGGAGCGUACGUGGAGAAAUACCUCCUGGAGAAGUCAAGACUGGUCUAUCAAGAGCACAAUGAGCGAAACUACCACGUGUUUUACUACCUGCUGGCAGGAGCGAGUGAUGACGAGAGGACGGCCUUUCACCUCAUGAAGCCUGAAGAAUACCAUUACCUCAGUCAGAUGACAAAGAAAACCCGCCAUCAGCAUUGGGACAGUUACUAUGAGAGCGAAGCGGACUGCUUCACUGUUGAAGGAGAGGACCUGAAGCAUGACUUUGAGAGGCUUCAGCUGGCCAUGGAGAUGGUGGGCUUUCUUCCGGCCACGCGCAAACAGAUCUUCUCUCUGCUGUCGGCCAUCCUCCACCUGGGUAACAUCCGCUACAAGAGGAAAACCUACAGGGACGAUUCCAUAGACAUCUGUAACCUGGAAGUGCUGCCUGUGGUCUCAGAACUGCUGGAGGUCAAAGAGGAGAUGCUGUUUGAAGCUCUGACAACGCGCAAGACGGUUACUGUGGGAGAGAAGCUGAUUGUUCCCUACAAGCUGUCCGAGGCUGGUACGGUGAGAGACUCCAUGGCUAAGUCCUUGUACAGCGCUCUGUUUGACUGGAUUGUCUUCAGGAUCAACCACGCUCUGCUCAACAUCAAAGACCUCGAGGAGACCACCAAGAUCUUGUCCAUCGGCGUCCUCGACAUUUUUGGUUUCGAGGAUUACGAGAACAACAGCUUCGAGCAGUUCUGCAUCAACUUCGCCAACGAGCGUCUGCAGCAUUAUUUCAACCAGCACAUCUUCAAGCUCGAACAAGAGGAAUACAGGGCAGAGAGCAUCAGCUGGCGAAACAUCGACUACAUCGACAACACAGGCUGCAUCAACCUGAUCAGCAAGAAGCCAACGGCGUUGUUUCACCUACUGGAUGAGGAGUGCAACUUCCCUCAAGCCACCAACCAGACUCUGCUGGAUAAGUUCAAGCGGCAGCAUGAAGGGAACAUCUACAUCGAGUUCCCCGCCGUCAUGGAGCCUGCUUUCAUCAUCCGACACUACGCGGGGAAGGUCAAGUACGGUGUCAAGGAUUUCAGAGAGAAGAACACGGACCACAUGCGGCCAGACAUCGUGGCUCUGCUAAAGAGCAGCAAGAACGCGUUCAUCUGCAGCCUGAUCGGCAUCGACCCGUCAGCCACUUUCCGCUGGGCGGUUCUCCGAGCCUACUUCAGAGCCCUGGUGGCUUUCAGGGAGGCUGGAAAGAGACACACGCACAAGAAGGCUGGGCAUGAUGACGCUGCUCCCUGUGCAGUAUUGAAAAGUGUGGAUAGUUUUAGCUUUCUGCAGCACCCUGUGCAUCAGAGAAGCUUAGAGAUCCUGCAGAGAUGCAAAGAGGAGAAGUACACUCCAGAUGAGAGUGAAGCUUCAAAUGUUGUACAAAGUGAUGAAACUGAAAACGGUGUGAGCAGAAAGAGUCCACGCACGCCACUGUCGGACCUUCAGGGAAGCAACACCAUCAAUGAGAAAUCGCCACGGGCUUCGCCGGGCCUCGGCUGGAACGGACGCGUGGGUCGACAGAGCCGCUUGUCGUCCGGCAGCUCCACCGCAGACGAAGACGGCAUCUUCGUCAAAACUGCCAGCAGCAAACUCCUCGAAAGGGCCCACGACAUCCUCAUGCGGAACAAAAACUACAAAUCUAGACCAGUUCUUCCAAAGCAUUUACUGAACGUCAAGUCCCUGAAGUACCUCAGCAACCUGACGCUCCACGACCGCAUCACCAAGUCACUGCUCCACCUGCACAAGAAAAAGAAACCGCCCAGCAUCAGCGCACAGUUCCAGGCGUCACUCAAUAAGCUAAUGGAGACUCUGGGUCAGUCUGAGCCUUAUUUUGUCAAGUGCAUCCGCUCCAACGCUGAGAAGCUGCCCUUGCGGUUUAACGAUAACCUGGUGCUGAGGCAGCUGCGUUACACGGGGAUGCUGGAGACCGUUCGCAUCCGCCAGUCAGGUUACAACAUCAAGUACAGCUUUAAGGACUUCGUCCAUCACUACAAUGUGCUGCUGCCAGAGGGCGUCAGUGCUACCAGAGAGAGCAUCCAGCAGUGUCUGGACCAGCUAGACCUACAACCCGACGGAUAUCAAGUGGGAAAGACGAUGGUGUUUUUGCGGGAGUCUGAGCGCCAGCGGCUGCAGGCCUUGCUCCACAGGCAAGUUCUCAGACUCAUCGUCAUGCUGCAGCGGCGGUACAGAGCCCGGCUGGAGAGGAAGCAGUUUGUCCGGAUGAGAGGAGCAGCGGUCUGCAUCCAGAAAUGGUGGCGUUCUUACCGGUCCGUGGAUGAGCAUGAGGAGCAUUAUGACCCCAGGGCCCAGGAGGAAGCAGCUUUGUGUCUACAGGCCCACUGGCGAGGAUUCAGGGAGCGUCAGAAGUUCAGGCGGUGGAGGGAGGCUGCUCUGGUGCUACAGAAGGCAUGGAGGUUAUGGCUGUAUCGGCGCUGCACAGCUGCAUUGGUUAUUCAGACGGCCUGGCGCUGCCAUCAAGCCAGAGAAGCCUAUUUGCGUCUUUACAGCACUGUGAUACGACUACAGACGUUAAGCAGAGGCUACCUAACCCGACAGAGCUUUACAAAACUGAAAGAAGAAAGACAAAGGGAGAAAGAGGAGCAGCAGGAGCAGGAGAAGCUGCUUCAGCUGCAGAAUGGCCAGGUGAGCAUUUCACCGGAGGAGGAGGAGGAAGAGCCGUCUGAAAGAAUCAUGGGGCUGGACCUUAGCACGUGGGAGGAUCGUUCCUACGAGCAACGGGAAAGGAGCCUCCAAGUACUCAGCAGCCACAAGGAUGAAGUUAAGGAGAAUGAGGCCUCGCCCCAAGUGCAAACUGAAGCACCGGCCUCUGUCACUACAUCCACUGUGGUGGUACGAGACCGUGCCAGAAAUCUAGAUGAGCCAUGCCAGAAAACCACACGAGCCAAGAGAGAGAGCCGGCGGAUGAGGGAGCUGGAGCAGGCCAAGUUCAGCCUGGAGCUCCUCAAGGUCCGGGCUAAUAGCGGUGGAGCAUCUUCCCCCUCUGAGGAACGACGCUGGUCUGUUGAGCUGAUGCCCCCUGCAAGCCCACCACUCCGUUCACCUCAGGGCACGCCUGACAGCGAGAGCUCCAAAGGUAGCUUUGAGCUUCUCAUGAUGGACGAUGAGCCACCCAAGGCGACAGAAGAAGUGACAGACAGUGAGGACCUCUGCUCCCCUCUCCCAGAAGUCGAUCCGAUAUCUGAGCCUUAUGUGGAGGUUGUUUCAGCAACACCAAAGCCUGUCGAACCACAGAAGACUGAGGCUUCUGAUGCACCCCAAGGCAGCCAGGAUCUAACCAAAGUAGAUCUGGAAGUCCCCGCUGCCCCCUCACAUCCGCCCAAAAUCGAGAACUACCUCCCAACCUUUUACGUCCCUGCGAGUGAUGGGAGCAAAGUAAUUUCCCGUCAUCCUGCUGAAGAGCCUCAGCGUAACACAGAGGAAACCAUUUCCACAACCACCACUACUGUUACCAAGCCUCUAAGACGUGAGUCAACACGUCGACCAGUGGUGGUGGUCAUCAGUAUGCAGAAAGAAACACCACUAAGCGAAGAAUUUAGUGGUGUCGUCCAUCCCCCUGUAGAGGUUCGAGAUUCUACGGCCCAGACGGGGGACUUCACUCCUUCACCACAGAAACCAGACCCAGCUCCUGUGCCUCAAGGACCUGUCCCUGGCUCAACCUCUGUCCCUCGGGCUGACCAGUCUGUCCUAGAGAAGCUGGUGCGACUGAACGAGGCAAAAGAGGAGAGGCAGCGUCAUCUGCAGCAGCAGAAUGAAAAGGAGAUGAUGGAGCAGAUAAGGCAGCAGAAGGAAGCACUGGGGCGGCAGCGCCUGUACUUCGCUCAGUAUGAAAGAGACAUGUUUGAGAAGCAAAGAGGAGAGGCUCUGCACAGGAUACAGCAGAGUCGGCAGGGUGGAGAAGAUCGUAGUGGAACUGCAACCUCCAGCAAGCCCCUUCGACCCAGCUCCCUGCUGAUUGAGAGAACGUCACCAACUCCUCACGCCAGAACAUUUUCCGACUCCACUGCCCCAUCGCCACCGCCUGUAGACGGUCAUAGCAAAGCCCCUCAACCCCAGCUGCCUCCUCCACCUGCUUGUGUUCCCAGAGAAAGGCGCACAGAGAGCAGGCCUGUACCUGAAGGCUGGGCACCCAAACUCACGCUGGAGUCCAGGGAUGGAGGAGUGUCCAGAGUGAGACCAGUUGCCAAGAAGCCACCGAGCAACCAAGGCACAGCAGUUAGUUUGACAGAUAAGACAGGCAACAUCUUCUUCAAUCCAAAGGACAAAGUGACAUUUGCAAAUUUUGAAGGUGAUGCUAAAGAAACACCCCCCAGAGAAGCACCCACACCUCCAGUCUCCAAGUCUUCAAAGGGAGCGAAACAACGGGAUGUUGGCAGAGUGGGCCAAAAAAAGAAAGCCAGAAUGGCACGGACCCGCUCCGACUUCCUCACCCGCACCCCCAGCCUCUCACUUGGGGCUGAUUCAGAUGAGGAUGACUAUGAUGGCGACAGCCUCUCCAGCCCCCGUCAUUACACUCUGCCGCUCUCCAAACAGAGCUCCACGGAGGCAGGCUUAAGAGAGUCCUGUUUCAGUGACUCAGACAUGCCUGCAAGCUCCGAGGAGCAGAAGAAGAUACACAAAGCCAUGUCUUCGGGAGAUUUGGUCAAAGUGGACUCCAUCCGCAAGAGCUCACAAGAUGGAAGGGUGCGUGGUAAGAUGCGCUUCUGGGGCAAGACCAAGUAUGGGGAGAAGAAGACAUCCAGAGAAAAGUUGAUCUGUGGGGGUGAUUCUUUGGAGGGAGACUAUGCAGACACAGGCCCAUUGUUGACAGAUGCGGGUCAGGAAAACAUGUCACCGCCCUGCAGUCCUGACCUGACUCUGGAUCGAAGCUUCAGAGACUUGAAGGAGAACAAGGAGCCGUCUCCCAAGGUGAAGCGAAGGCGGAGCGUUAAGAUCAGCAGCGUGGCUCUGGAGCCAGCUCAGUGGCAGAGCGACGCGCUGCAGAUCCUCACCUGCACCAACGACUACAGGAGCAUGAACGACUUCCUCAUGAAGAAGAUUACCGAUCUGGAAACGGAGGACAGCAAGAAGGACACCAUGGUGGACGUUGUGUUUAAAAAGGCUCUGAAGGAAUUCCGUCUAAACAUCUUCAACUCUUACUCCACGGCACUUGCAAUGGAUGAUGGUAAGAGUAUCCGCUACAAAGACCUUUACGCUCUGUUUGAGCACAUCUUGGAGAAGACCAUGCGGCAGGAGCAGAGGGACUGGAGGGAGUCUCCCGUCAAAGUAUGGGUCAACACCUUCAAAGUCUUCCUGGAUGAGUUCAUGACUGAGUACAAACCUCUGGACAGUACAGUCAGCAAGCCGCCUCCUAAGACCGAACGCAAAAAACGGAGGAAGAAGGACAUGGACGUCGUGGAGGAACAUAACGGCCACAUUUUCAAGUCCACCCAGUACAGCAUCCCCACAUACUGUGAAUACUGCUCGUCGCUCAUCUGGAUGAUGGACCGUGCCUGCGUGUGCAAGCUGUGCCGGUACGCCUGCCACAGAAAGUGCUGCCAGAAGACGACCACCAAAUGCAGUAAGAAGUUCGAUCCGGAGCUUUCCUCCAGACAGUUUGGAGUGGAAGUUUCUCGUCUGACUAGUGACGAGAGGACGGUGCCCCUGGUAGUGGAGAAGCUUAUCAACUACAUUGAGAUGCAUGGCCUGUACACUGAAGGAAUAUACAGAAAACCUGGCUCCACUAACAAAAUUAAGGAACUCAAGCAGGGACUUGACUCAGAUGUGGACAACAUGAAUCUGGACGAAUACAACAUCCAUGUCAUUGCUAGUGUUUUCAAGCAGUGGCUGAGAGACCUGCCUAAUCCCCUGAUGACAUUUGAGCUAUACGAUGAGUUCAUACGUGCCAUGGCUUUGCAGGACAAAAAGGAAAUGAUCAGAGGAGUGUAUUCAGUCAUUGACCAGCUCAGCAGGACUCACCUCAACACUCUGGAGCGUCUCAUAUUCCAUCUCGUCAGGAUCGCCUUGCAAGAGGACACAAACCGUAUGUCGGCUAACGCCUUGGCUAUAGUUUUCGCUCCCUGUAUCCUUCGUGGUCCGGACACCAUCGACCCACUGCAGAGUGUCCAGGACAUCAACAAGACAACAGCGUGCGUGGAACUGAUCAUUUGUGAACAGAUGAAUAAGUACAAGGUGCGGCUAAAGGACAUCAGCACCCUGGAGUUUGCUGAGAACAAAGCCAAGUGCAAACUGACGCUCAUUAGAAGAUCAAUGAGACCUGUACUAAUAGCUGUUAGAUUUAUGAGCAUAGUGCACACUAUGCAGCCAAAUGCAGCCAGAAAGGGAAAAGGCCACGUACAGCGACCGGUCUACCACACGCCUUCACCGCCGGUUAGUCCGCGGCUGCCGUCUGUGGUUGACGCUGUGAUUGGAGUGAGCGGGGGCGAAGCUGGAGCCGAGCUGCCUCCUCAAAUCCCAGAUCCUCAGCAGGCGGUGAUGCAGCAGGAAGAGAGAGUGUUGACGGAGCAGAUUGAAAGCCUACAGAAAGAGAAAGAGGAGCUGACGUUCGAGAUACUGACUCUGGAGCCGCGAGCCUCAGACGACGAGACCCUGGAGUCCGAGGCCUCCAUCGGUACAGCUGACAGCUCUGAAAACCUCAAUGUGGACUCUGAGGAAACCAUUUCUGACUUUUCAGAGAGAGGUCCGCUGUUGACUUCCCCCUGGCCCCGGAGAUCUGACGGGAGCAGCCCUCGGCGCCCCACUCUCCGUCGGCAGCCCGACUCCCUGGACUCUGUGGACUCUUGCUCCACCGUUUCCUCCUACUCGUCUUCCUCACACUUCCACCCUUCAUCCACUUCCUCGACCGCCACGUCCCGGCGGUUUCGUUUCCACUCCAAGUCUCCUACCGUGGGCUCGAGUCCAGUGCAUUCGCAGGCCCAGACUCUGAACACAUCUCAAGCCUCGCGAUCUGAAAGCUUAGACAAUAGCCCCACGGGAGAUCAGGAAGGCACAUGUGACGAAAGGCCCCAGUUUACCAGCCGAGGCACCUACAAUCCAGAGAAGGGUAAGCAGAAACUCAAAGGAUCCAAACAUGCAACCCUGAGGCACUCCAGAGAAAGCAGCAGCCAUGGCAGGGACCCUCCAGACAUACCGCAGCACCUGGUAUUGUAUGGCAGUAAUGAAUUCAUGGUAUGAAGGACACUGGGACACCAAAGCACUCCCUAUCCAGCUCCCUGGCAGGCAUAUAUGUUGUUCUCAAUGGGAGGUAAUGGAAACUCAUCUCCACUCCCCAAAGCACUCUUGCUUAGCCUUUCUUCGUUGAAGUCUGCAAAGAAGUGUCCCCAAGUGCCGUGUACUGUGUUUCCACCUCCAGAGGGAGGAGAUGGGCAGGAUUCAGUGGAUCUCUUCUUCUGUGGACUAAGCUGCCACCCACGCUCUCACAGUGCCUUGGCAGCUCUUACUCGGCGCCAAGAGGAAACACCCCGAGCAGGAGGACAGAGAAAAGGGAAAGUUGGGUAAUACAGAAGACCACUCAGCAUCAGGGAACGUUACAGAGCUGGAAAGCUGAAGCAGUGUACUACAGUAAAGAGUCAGGCAACACGGAGCCGUCGCGGAUGUCACAGUGAAAGCUCAGAUUUUUUAGCUGCUUUACACGUUUACAGUUCAACACAAUCAGUGUAAACAGAGGAUGCUCUGCUGUUACAAAUUAUUUUUUCCUUAUUUAAUAAAUUUUAAUGUCACAGAAAUUCUUUAUAGCAUAUAAUAUACAGAUAUAAAUACUGUACAAAGCCGGAACACCAGCCUCUGCUGGGUAGUUGAAGUCAAAUAUUUAUCUUUUUUUUUUUUUUUUUUUAAUAACUUGGACAGAAAUGUUCAGAAGAAGUGGACAGUGGAUGCUACAUUUGUGUGCGUGCAUGUGCCGAGCGCUCAUGCGUGGCUGUAUGUGUGUGUGAGUCAAAAAAACAAAACAAAAACCCACUUCGUGUAUUUUGAGUUUGUGCUGCUUUUUUUUUUCCCCCUUGCAAGGGAAAUACCGCCAUUAAAGGGACCAAGUCAGCUGGUGUGUAUUCCAGCCAAGCGGAUCCCAGAUCUUUGAGAAUGUCGGACGUCUAUAAUAGUCUUGCAUUCACUGCUUAACAGCCAUACAACAAGUGUAAUGUACAGUACAGUUCAUAUGUACAGUAUAGUGGACAAAUGCCAUUUUAUUCUUGAAUCUGUUGUUUUCCACCCACUCCCAAAGCCACUCCCCCCCUUCUGUCUCUAAAAUGUUUGCUCAAUAGCAACCAAGCAAGAGCAUAAAAACAAUAGUCUUCUGUCAUUUUUAAUGUUGA